GUACAAGACCGCGCCAGCCCCGAAGAGCAACCCUAUACAAGAGCGCGCCAACGGCGGGGGCACCACCUAUUGGCCUGAGCUAUUCCCGCGUCCUGCGGGUUCCAGCACAUCUCCGCCGUAUCCGACCCCCCCCUCCUCGCAGCGCUUCCGGUGUCCGCCUCCUGCACCCGUUGGCCGGUACCAUUCGCCCAGCAGCCAGUCCCGCCAAUGGCAGGACCCUCCCAUUUUCGCUCCUUUGCCUCCGCAGAGAGCUUGGGCCCGCUCCUGUCCGCACACCACCCCACCCCCGCGGCCGGCCUCCCUCCCUGCCCUGGCCGGUGUCCUCCCCACCUCCACUGCGCCCCGCCCGCCGCGCUCUGCGGCAGUCGGGCGCUCAUCGUCAUUCCGCUCUCGCCGCCGCCGCCACCCCCGCCUCCCCGCGCACCGCCUCCGCCCGGUCCCCGCCGCCGCCGCCGCCGCCGCCUGCCCAGCGGCCCGGGAGGCGGAGGCGCGGGGGAGGAGGCCCCGCUUGGCUCCGCAGCCCCGGAUGCUGUAUGACUUCAUCUUUCCGCCGGCUCCCCUGCUGAGCUAGGGCCGGUCCGGCAGCUAGCCCGCCGCCCGCGCCCCGCCGCAGUCCCGCGCCCACCCCGCACCCGCCAUGUCCGAGAUCCUGCCCUACAGUGAGGACAAGAUGGGCCGCUUCGGCGCCGACCCCGAGGGCUCUGACCUCUCCUUCAGCUGCCGCCUGCAGGACACCAACUCCUUCUUUGCGGGCAACCAAGCCAAGCGACCCCCCAAGCUGGGCCAGAUCGGGCGAGCCAAGAGAGUGGUGAUCGAGGAUGACCGGAUAGACGACGUGCUGAAGGGGAUGGGGGAGAAGCCGCCGUCCGGAGUGUAGACGCGCCGGCUCAGGCGGCGGGCUCCGGGCCCAGCCCCGCGGCGGCCAGGACCGCGGGCCGGCGAUGCGGCUGCCGGCCCCCCCCGCCCCGGCCCAGGCGCUCGCGGGCGGGGGCUGCAGGGCCGCGCCGCUUUCGGGUCAUAGUCGCUGCCGCCGCCGCCAGGCACUCCGGAGCUGUCCGCUUCAGCACCACGGCGGCGGCGGUAGCGGCGGCGCGGACCGGCCCGGAGCCCGCCGCCGCGCUCAUGCACUUUAGAACCUCGGGCCGCAGCCCCACCCCGCACACCGGAACGGACAGAGACCCGCGGCCCUCAGCCCCGGCCCGUCCCCUCCCGCACGGCUCCCCUGCCCCGCCCCUCUCAGGCAGGUCUGGUCCGCAGACCGGCUGCCUGCCGGUGUCGGACCUCGCACGCGGCCAGGGAUGUUUGGCUGCACAUUUGCAUGAGCUUCCCACCCACCUGAGUCCAGCCCUCCAGGCGCUCCUCACCCUCCACCCCUGUCUGGCGUGACCCCAGCCUCAGCCUCUUUCUAAGGGACUUCCUCAGCACAUUUGUAUUUUUAUAUCCGACUCUUUGUUUACUGAUUCCCCUCGUGGUUCAUGCCCCCCCCCCCACGGUCUCGGCCACGCUCUUCUGCGCCUGGCAGAUAGGAUGGGUGUUGAGGCUGGGAUGGGACAAGCCCCUAACAUGGUAACCAACCAUAUGACCAGUCUGCCCAUGGCUGACCCCAGGCGGCUCUCUGGCAGACCCCUCCCCUCAAGGUAUCACCUUCCAAGGGCCCAGGUCUAAUUUUACCUUGGACCCCUGCGUCCUGCCCCUGGGAAUCCAAAUGUGGGCUGCAUUGCAUCUUUGGAUGACACCUGUAGCCCUAGCCCUGGAGAUAUUCUCAACCCCAGGGAUGUCCUUUGUAAAUGUUCCUCCAUCCUCACUGUACCAGGAGUGUGUGAAUAAACACAGACCCCCCUGUGUG